AUGCACAUGCACGUCUACAUCUACAUCCACACUUUGACUCGAACUCCACAUCCCGAGCCGAGCCAAGCCAAGCCAAGCCAGGUCAAGCCAAGUCCGGAACGCUGCGUCAGGAUGCAGGGUAGCAGUGCUGUGCUUGGACGGAUGAAAUGUGCGUGUGUGAGGAGGUGGAGUGUGUGGAGUGUGAUGCUGGGAUGGGUGAGGGUGUAUGUGUGUAUGCUAGGUGUGGUGGGUAUGCUAGCGGGAUGGGGUGGGGUGGGCGAGGGAUGUAGAGAUAGAUGA